GCCCAAACUCUCAAGAAAACUGGCUGUGAGACAUCGGAUAAAAGUAUUAGACUAUCAUGUCAGGGGGACGAUGUUCUAGUUGUUGAUACUGUCGAAGUGGGCCAAAGCAACAACAGCAAUGGUAUCAAUUAUUUGUGUCGGUUUGAAUACAACUCAUUGUGCAAUAUCCAGCCAGUGCGGAACGACAGUGUGAUCAAGGACAAGUGUGAUAAGCAAAAUGAGUGCAUUGUACACUUCGAUGACUACUCUGUUCUUAGGCCGAAUGGAUGUGUUGAGAGCCAUAAUGUAACGGCAGUGAUAACAUACCGCUGCAUAAGUGAGUAUUUAUUAUCGUUUACAAAAAGAAAUAGAAGUCAUAAAAUAAGCAUGUGGAACGUAAAUUAUUAC